AUGGCUGAGGAGUUACUUAUCCCUACGACAGGAAAAAUCACGUCGCAACUGACUUCCUCUCUGCUGGCAGUGGCCUUCCUCAGCUCCUUUGGGAGCUCCAUGCUCUAUGGGUACAAUUUGGCUGUCGUCAACUCCCCUGCCCAGUACAUAAAGGACUUCUACAACCGGACAGUGGUGGCUCGUAAUGGGACAGGCCUGAAUGAGGAGGCUCUGACCCUCAUGUACUCUUUGACUGUGUCUGUGUUCGCUAUCGGGGGGCUGCUGGGUUCCCUCAUCGUGGGAAUUUUGGUCACACGUUUUGGGAGAAAGGGAACGAUUGUGAAGACUACUGUACUGGUCUUCAUUGCGAGUGUUCUCAUGGGCUUCAGUCGGACAUGUGAAUCUCCAGAGAUGGUGAUCAUUGGCCGUUUCAUCACAGGGGUGCACUCAGGAAUAUCUCUGAGUGUGGUUCCCAUGUACCUCGGGGAGAUAGCUCCAAAAAACCUGCGUGGCUUCCUUGGUUUAGUUCCCAGUAUCUUCAUUGGGACUGGAGUCUUCACGGCUCAGAUCUUGGGACUUCAUGAGCUUCUUGGAAAGGAGGAGCACUGGCCUCUCUUCUUGUCUGUGGUGGUGGUGCCCACAUUUAUUCAGCUACUUCUGCUACCGUGGUUUCCAGAAAGCCCCCGCUAUCUUCUGAUUGAGAAACACAAUGUCCAUGCUACAAUCACAGCUCUAAAAUGGUACCGCUCUAAGUGCAACAUCCAAGCGGAAAUUGAGGAGAUGCAGGAGGAGCAGCGCUCGCUGUCGUCUGUGCAGACUCUGUCUGUGUGGUCGCUGCUGCAGGACCAGAGUGUGCGCUGGCAGGUGCUGAGUGUGGUGGUCAUCAACAUUGGAAUGCAGCUGUCUGGUAUUGAUGCGAUCUGGUUCUACACAAAUGACAUAUUUGAAAAGGCCGGUAUACCUCCUCCAGAGAUCCAGUAUACCACAGCAGGCACCGGCGUCAUUGAGAUCAUCACUGGGCUCAUUGGGUGUUUCACCAUAGAGAAACUGGGCCGGAGGCCUCUGAUGAUUGGAGGCUUCACCAUGAUGGGCUUGUGUAGCACUGGCAUCACACUUGCACUUAUUCUACAAACAAACCUAUCUUUCAUGAGAUAUAUGAGUGUGUGCUGCGUGGUGGGCAUCAUCGCUGGCUUCUGUAUUGGCCCAGCGGGAGUACCUUUCCUGAUCACCGCAGAGCUGUUCAAACAGUCCCACCGCCCUGCGGCCUACAUAAUAGGUGGUUCUCUGAACUGGUUGUCCAACUUCACUGUGGGCUUCGUCUUUCCCUUCAUGCAGAGAUCAGCAGGAGCCUACUGUUACCUGGUCUUUGCUGCUGUCUGUUUUUCUGUGGCCGUGUACGUCUACAUCGUCAUCCCUGAGACAAAGAACAAGACCUUCUUAGAAAUUAGCCGCAUGUUCUCCAAAAAAGAGGCGGUUCUGGAGACACAGGGCUUGACACAACUGGACCAGCUUAAACUGAAGAAGAUGAAUGGAUAUGGAGGUCUGGAGCACACCUCUCUAGAGCUUGACAGCUCCUCCUCGGCACCAUAG